CAAUAAACAAUUGAUGGUUUCAGAGACCUUCUGUCAAAACUAUAUCAUCGUUAGCGUGCUGUUCUUCUUUUUAUGCACCCUUUCACAAAAUGCAGCUCGAAUUUAGGCGAGGCUAAACCUUGUUCAUCAAGUUUCUAGAAGCGUGUCCUCAACACCACGCUUCCAUCUCCAGUACCACCCCCGACAACAUAAACUCGACGCUUCUCCCUCUACCUCUACCAAUUCUAGCCUCUCGACUCUCUACGAUACAUCAUUCAUCAUGUCUUCGCCACGCCCCCAAUCCCCCACCAACCCUCCCUCCACCGGCUCCUCCACUGCGCGCACCGUCUCUCCCCGACCCCCAGGAGGCCCUGCGACCGUAAUGAGGAGGAAGGCGGCGCAGGACCGCGCUGAGAAGACCGCGAAUCUGAGGCCUAGCAGCACGCGGGCUGCGGGCGCGGGUGGAAGCAGCUCGACGAUGUUGCGACUCUACACCGAUGAAUCUCCCGGAUUGAAGGUCGACCCGGUCGUUGUGAUGACACUUUCAGUCGUCUUCAUUUUCAGCGUCGUGGCGCUACAUGUCAUCGUAAAGGUUAUGAAAAAAUUCUCAUCAUAGACGCGACAUCAUCAAAUGGAAAUCCGACGACUGGGGAUCCAGCCGCGCGCCCUGCAGCGGCGCACAUCGCUAGCACCUGUAAUCGGCCACGCCGAUCUCAUUCAAACCCAACACCAUUCCAAACAAACUUUUCCUUGGGUCCG